CAGCAAAUACCUGGCCUGAAUCAUCAACAGCAAAUUCCUGGUUUGAAUCAGCAACAGCAAAUUCCUGGAUUAAACCCUCAACAGCAAAUUCCUGGUUUGAAUCAGCAACAGGCACCUGGGUUGCGUCCUCCACAAUCCCAUUUAGGGGUGCCACUUCAGCAAUCUCCUGUUAUUCCCCCACCUCAGGGACAGCCAGGCCACCCCCAGCAGCAAGGCCCUCCCCAACAAGGAAUGCCCUUGCCUCAACAGAGAAUGCCACCACCUCAAGGUAUGCCUCCACAACAGGGGAUUCCCCAACCAGGACAACAAGCCAUAUCCCCUCAAGGGAAUCCCCAGCAGGGGAUGCCUCCGAGGCAAGGAAUGCCCCCUCAACAGGGAAUUCCCCAACAGCAAGGAUUACCUCCUCAGGGGGUUCCUCCGAGACCUGGCAUCCAACCUCAAUUCUCUGGUCAGCCAUUCAAUGCCCCAUCUCGUCCUGAUACAAGUGUUCCACCCCCAGGAUUCGAUCCUAAUACCCCACCCCCAGGGUUCAAAAGUAGCUUUAGGCCUGGAGGACAACCCCAAUCUCCCCAAAUAACCCCCCAGGCAAGACCAUUUUCCGUUGGGUUUGGGGGACCAAAUCAGUCACCAUCUCCCACAACUUUAGGCCCGAGAUUAACAUCUCCUCCCCCAAGGGCCCAGGUGCCUUCCUAUGCUGCUCUCCCAGGCAUGACCCCACCCUCUCCCAGCCAGCUUUACCCCGUACAUCAACGACCCCCUAUGUCCCAGUCUCAACAGCAGGCUCCCAUGUCUGCCCCUCAGUCAAUAGCAAAUCUUUCUAAUCGCUUCCCUCCCCCAAAUACCUCUAAUCAAUUUGGUGGACCAUCUGCUAACCCGGUUCCCUCUCCUAGCGUGCGACCUAAUAGUGUUUCUACCCCUGAGGUGCAGCCAUCUAAUUUACGUGUUAUAGAUAGGACUUCAAUGAACCAGGGGGGACCUUCCAACCCCCAGCAGGUAGAUUCAAUGUACUCACAGCCAAGGGCACCUAUGGGUGUGUCCCCUCCUACUGGCAAUAUGUUUCAACAAUCCCCUAGACCACCAUUGCCUCAUAGUGGCCCCUCUAGUGGACCCCCCACAUCUACGUCUAAUGCCAUGUUCCAACCACCCCCUGGCUCAGCACUCUAUGGAGGUGUCCCCAACCAAGUGAACUCAAACAAUGGGCCCACCCCCCAAUCUGGCCAGGCACCUGCUCCAUCAUCAGUCAGUGAGAAACUCGCAGCUGAGAAACGUGCUGAAGACAAACUUGCAGCCGAACAGGAGGAAUUCAUCAAUAAAUUAAAACGUCGAGCUAGUGCACCGCCUACACCCUCAAACAGCACUACUGAGGCUGAUUCAAAUUCUGCUAAGCCCCCAGAGCCCAAGGAAGCCCCGCCCCCUCCUAGACAGUCAGAGCCCCCUAUAGACCCAAACAAGAAAGCCCAACUUGAAGCAGAAGCCCAAGAUUUAAUAGAGAAAGAACUAAUGGCUUUCUUAGGUGGAGGAGGAGAUAAGUCUGACAGUAAGAAAAUGCACUCAGUGGUACAGAAAGCUGACAGUGACAAGGGAUCUGAUCGUGGUGGAUCCAGAGAACGUCGUAUUAGUGAAAAGGAAGACCGUAGAUCAAAUAGUGGUAGAGAAUUCGAACAUAAGGACUACAAUCACGGUGGUCAAAGGAAACGAGACUAUGAUCGUGAAUAUGAUAGAGACUAUGAACGUGAUCAUGAUCGACGGGAAUCACGGGAUUAUUAUGAUCGAAGAGGAUCAGCUGAUUAUUACUCAAGGGAUCGAGAUGGUUAUGAUGAUCACUAUAGGGAUCCAAGGGAUCAAUACUACAGAGAGCCUACUUACUCGAGGCCUACUAAGAGACCUGUGCCGCCCCCUAUACCUCCCCCUCCUUCGCCUUUUGCUGAUAGGAAGGGACGAUUUCCACCACGAUUCUGAACAUUUAUAUUUCAAAUUGAAAUUAUCAUUAAGUCUUUGUGUGUGGAAAUUGAAGGCUGUAAUGUGUAAAAUCAGAUCUCGAAAAUUGUUAUUUAAAGUUGAUGGUCUAUAGUGUUAUGGUAUUAUGCCUUAAAUGGACUUGUUGGGUGUUAACCUCUGCUGUUGCAAGUCUGGAGCUUCUGGAGACCUGCUGUAUAUUUGGUAGCUGUAUGAGUGGAUGUUUGCAUUCAAUCUUGCUAAUCAUGUACCCUGAAUCCAUAUUGGCAAGCCACGCUACCCUCUAUUAUUACUGAUGAUUUUACUGAUAUUAGCAA